CCUUACCUCUACACCUACGGAUGCGUCCGUAUGCAAACUGCAUCCCAAAAAACACAACUCAAAAAUUGCCUUUUGCUUAACAACUGGAAGAAUCUUGGUUUGAAAUAUAAGCCUCCAUACCGCUACUUCCAGACAACUCUCUCUCUCUCUAGAGGCCUCACCAUCCCUCUCUCUCUCUCUCUAUACUUCAAAUAGAGGCCUCAGCAUCUCUCUCUCUCUCUCUACAAAAAGUGAAGAAGGUGGUGGGGCAAUGGGGAGGCAACCCUGCUGUGACAAAGUAGGAUUGAAGAGGGGGCCAUGGAAUGCAGAGGAAGACAAGAAGCUCAUGAACUUCAUCCUUAACAAUGGCCAAAACUGCUGGAGACUCGUUCCCAAGCUAGCCGGACUACUAAGAUGUGGAAAGAGUUGCAGGCUGAGAUGGACCAACUAUCUACGCCCUGACCUAAAGAGAGGCGCGCUCUCCGAAUUCGAAGAGAACAAAAUCAUCGAACUCCACUCACGGCUCGGAAACAGGUGGUCGAGGAUCGCUUCGCAAUUACCAGGAAGAACCGAUAAUGAGAUAAAGAACCAUUGGAACACAAGAAUAAAGAAGAAAUUAAAGCUCCUCGGAUUAGACCCUGAUACCCAUAAACCCAAUGAGACUGGUUGUACGAAAAUCGAAGAAGAAACACAUAAAGAGGAGGAGAAAAUUCAAUCCAAGAGUGAAGCUUCUCUGUCUAAAGUUGAUGAUACAGCGAGCUUUUCGCCAAGCUAUGGAGGUUUAUGGGAAAGCUGGGGAGUUGAAGAAUUAAUGGACCCUGUUUUGAUAGAACCAGAGGGUUUGGUGGUGAACCAGGAAGAAAGCCAUGGCCAAAGCUUAGAGCAAGGUUCUAGUGCUUCUAAUAGUUGCAUAAGUUCAGCUACAUUGGAGGAAGAUAUGAAGCGUUUUUGGGGUGAGGAAUGCUUUUUAGGAGAGAGAAUGGGAUCCUUCUAUGAGUUUGAAGAACAGCAACAUUGUCUUGAUAGAUUUUUCUUCUCCUAACUCUCCCUCUCUCUCUCUCUAAAACUAUUUUUCAGAGUGUUAAAAGUAAAUUAACCUCAAAACUAUGAGUGAACAUCUUUGCUCAGACAAAUUGUGUUCUAUAUUGUAUUCUUUUUCUUUUCUUUUUUUCAAUUAAUUCUUAUUUGGUUAGUACGUA